ACCAAUCAAUCCAAAAUAGAAGGAAAUGAAUUAUUUUGGCUGAUGGGCCUAUAAAAAAUGGUUGGUAUAAUUGGGCCGAACCGAAAGAAGAAGAAACCAAAACCCUAAUUGACACUACUAUAUAAAUCUACGUUAAACCUAACAACUCUCACAAAGCCUCUCAAAAACCUAGCAGCAACACUUUUCAUUCAUUCCACACAGAAAAUGGCUGAGACCCUCGUUCUUCGCGGCACCUUACGUGCUCACACAGAUGUUGUAACCGCCAUUGCAACCCCAAUCGACAACUCCGACAUGAUUGUCACUGCUUCACGUGACAAAUCCAUCAUCCUCUGGCACCUUACCAAGGAGGACAAGACCUACGGUGUUCCCCGCCGCCGUCUCACCGGUCAUUCUCACUUUGUCCAGGAUGUUGUUCUCUCAUCCGACGGUCAGUUUGCUCUCUCCGGUUCAUGGGACGGUGAACUCCGUCUUUGGGAUCUGAACGCUGGAACCUCCGCACGCAGAUUCGUUGGUCACACGAAAGAUGUUCUCUCUGUUGCUUUCUCGAUCGACAACCGUCAGAUCGUGUCUGCAUCUCGUGACCGGACGAUUAAGCUGUGGAACACUCUUGGUGAAUGCAAAUACACUAUUCAAGAUGGUGAUGCUCAUUCUGAUUGGGUUAGCUGUGUUCGAUUCAGCCCUAGCACUCUUCAGCCAACAAUUGUUUCUGCUUCUUGGGAUCGUACUGUUAAGGUUUGGAAUCUGACUAAUUGUAAGCUGAGAAACACUCUUGCUGGACAUUCUGGUUAUGUGAACACUGUUGCUGUUUCACCUGAUGGUUCUCUUUGUGCUUCUGGUGGCAAAGAUGGUCUUAUUCUUUUGUGGGAUUUGGCUGAGGGAAAGAGACUUUAUUCUCUUGAUGCUGGUUCUAUUAUUCAUGCUUUGUGUUUCAGUCCUAAUAGGUACUGGCUAUGUGCUGCAACUGAGUCCAGCAUCAAGAUCUGGGAUUUGGAGAGCAAGAGCAUUGUUGAGGAUUUGAAGAUUGACCUUAAGAGUGAAGCUGAUGCUAACUCUGGUGCUGGUGGUACCACUACUACCAAGAAGAAGGUUAUCUACUGUACUAGCUUGAACUGGAGUGCAGAUGGAAGCACCUUGUUCAGUGGAUAUACGGAUGGUGUCGUCAGAGUUUGGGGUAUCGGCCGUUUUUAGUUAAUCUGCAGUAAUCUAUGUGUUAAUCACAUUUGAACUUUUGUUUUUGAUUUUCGAGACAAAUUUAGUUACCGCAUUACCGUAGAAACAAUUUUAAUUUUGAAGACAAUGGCUUUGUGGCCUGUUUUAUUUUAAUGUUUGCUUUUGUUUCUUUCUCCAAGUAACAAGUAUAAUCUUUCUUUAUUUUGGAAUAUGUAUGAAGUUUAGUUGUUGUUGCAUCA